AAAGAAACACGCCGUUCUGUGGAUUCAUUCGCAAAAAUCCUCUCUGCCAAAAAGCCACGUGCAUACAAUCUACCUAGACAUAACUUUUCGUACUUCUUUUGGAAUUCCUCCAGUGAUCAUUCGGACGAUAGAUACAAGCGGUCCUUCAGAUUUCAAACAGUUUACCGACAACAUGGGAAUGUUGACGAGAUUCCGCGGCAGAUUAAGGAGCGAACAUACCAUCCCCAAGCUCGAUCCUAAGCUCAGGGAUGAGAAGAUUGCGGAAACAGUUUGUUUGCUGUCCGUUCUAUUCUUGUUGCCUUAUUGUUCGAGAGGACAUGCUCCACUAUUGUUGAGUCUUGGAGGAUGGUGCGUGGCUACCUACUCUUGCCUGGUUAUACCUCUAUUAAUUUCUGCCAACUACAAGUAUCCUACAAGAUGGUUGAAAAAUGUAUUCUACAAACUUCCAGGUUUAUUGAAAAAGAUAUCCGGGCCGAUUUGGAGAGUAAUGCUGAAGCUAUAUUCGCCGUUGGAUCGUUGCGAGAGAAUUUUCAUGAUGAUGAAAAAUAUAUCCAAUUUAGCAAUACAGUUGGUGUUCUUCAUGAGCUGUGACAGAGUCCUUCUGUGCAAUUUCGGAGGACUAUUGUGUCCUCAGAAGAGAAUAACCGGUUUAUAUUCGUUGAUGUUUUAUAACGUGAUCGCGUACUGCGUUUCGUACAUAAAAGAGCUGAUUGAAAAGGAAGAUUGGUCACCUUACGUGAAUAUGACCACUCACAGUAACAUCAAACACGUAGCGAUGUCUGCCACGAAAAUCGUCUUGGAAUGGACCAAAGCCAUCACUUUCAUAAUAACUGUAACAUUCACGCUCCUGGUUUUCGGAUUGGAGCAGGGUUUGGAACAUUACCAACCGACGCCUAUCUACACUUUCAUCACUUGGACCUAUUACAUGUGCACGGAGCGUGUUUUCGUUGAAAUAUUUCCAAGUCUCUUGAGGCUCUUACGUUCCCAGCGAUUAGAAGCAUUGGAACACCUUUACGCGCCUGUUAUCUUAAGAUAUUACACUAUUUCCAUAUCAUGUUUGCUUGCACUAGUUCUGUUAUUCUAUGGUCAACUUAGGUUCGGUUUCAUAGCUUUGUAUCUGACUGUUUAUCUGAGGGGUAAGGAUAUGGUGUUGAAUAGCUUGAAGAAUUUGCGUAAAGAGCAAGAAGUUUUGGGCAAAUUUCGGAAAGCCAGUCUCGAGGAAAUCGAAAAUUGCGAUGACGUAUGCGCCGUUUGUCUUAGUCCGAUGAAGAGAGCACGUAUUACUCCUUGCCAACAUCUCUUCCACGCAGAAUGUUUGAGGCAAUGCCUGAACAACUCCUACAACUGUCCAAUCUGCAAAAGGGAGUACAUCUUCAUCUACUAACUUAAUAUCAUCGUGUUAACUACUUGACUGACUUAUUUGUUUUAGAUUUCAUAUACAUAUAUUAUAUUUUUUUCACAAUGUAGUUGUAGAAACCUAAUUUAUAUAAAAAAAACCUCUUUCAAAAGAGAACUCUAUGUUUGCAACGACAAUUAUCGAAACGAAUUGUUUUACUUACUAUACUACAUAUGUCUCUAGUCAACAGUACUUAGUAUAUAAGUUUAUAUCGAUUUAUUUAUUCACCUUUGUGUUUUAUAUGUGAUGCAUUUUUAUAUGUUUGUGAUAUAUAAUAAAAAUAUUUACUAAA